AUAUUCCUUCCACGUCAACAACUAGAAAUAAAAGUAGACCAACUGCAUCAUCAUCGAAAGGUAAGGGUGAGUUAUUCAGUGUCACAAAAGUAGUAUAUGCACAGUGAUUACGAGUUAGAAAAACAAAUAACUUAUUAAUCAGUGGUCUUACGUCGCAUCCCAGAGGUAUUCGUUAUAGCAGUCCUGAGUUAGAAACCUUCCCAUGAAGCUUUGCAUCGUGUUUGAGAACUACAUGUUGGCUCAUAAUCACGCAAAAUAGUUUUCUUGGAAGACUGCCCAUAAAGCCUAAUAAAACGCCUAUGUUAUGCAUGCUUGAAAUAAAUAAUUAUAUAGAAGUGAUUAAGAUAUUUUUUAUUUUACAGAUAUUUCCUCCAUUUCGGCAACUGGAGGUAAAAGUAGACCAGCUGGAUCAUCAUCGAAAGGUAUUGUUGAAUUAUUCAGUGUCACCAUAAGCAAUAGGCGCUGCACGGUGGUUACGAGUUAGAAAAACAAUAAUUUAUUAAACACGCUAAAUCAUUUGUGUUUUGUCGCAUCCGAGGGUAUUUAUAGUAGUACUGAAUUAAUAUCCUUCUCAUGUAGCAUUGUGUUAUGCCCAAGGAAUACUUUUGGGUCAAUAGUAAAUUAGUAAUUCAUGAUAUGUUGCUAACGCAAAAUAGUUUUAAGGGAAGAUUGUCGUGAAAUCUGAUGAGCAUAGUCUGUUGUAAACAUGUCAAACAUUUAAUGUCCAUGCGAAGUAUUCAACUUUAAGCCAGGCGUAAUUUUAUAUAUGGUUUUGAAAUCACGAACAUAAUGUUAUCGAGUUGCUAAAAGGUCUAGUAAUUUUUAUUCAAGAAAUUGAAUGAAAUGAAACCAUAUAAUAUUAUUAUUUUUAUCAAAUUUCAGUGCUAUCUUGAUUAGGUUUCCAAACGCCUACUGCACGCGGACGCAAUUUUUCCCAUCAAAGUCUAACUAUGAUAAAAAAUUAAUAUUCAAUAUUAGUUUUACUAUUUGAUUAACGGCUGUGCGGUUUUACAAAGGAAAAGUCAUGGAAGACAUCAAGAUCGUCCAUGCACAUAAUAUAUGAAUCUUACAUUAACUAUAUUUUUUUAUUCCUCAGAUAUUCCUUCCACUUCCACAACUAGAGAUAAAAGUAGACCAGCUCCAUUAUCAUCGAAAGGCAAGGGUGAGUUAUUCAGUGUCACUAUAUAUAGGUAGUAGAUACACAGUGAUUACGAGUUAGAAAAACAAAUAACUUAUUAAUCAAAGGUCUAGCUUAUGUCGCAUUCCGGAGGUAUUCGUUAUAGCAGUCCUGAGUUAGAAACCUUCCCAUGAAACUUUGCGUCGUGUUUGAGGACUACAGCUUGUCUCAUAAUUACACAAAAUAGUUUUCACGGAAGACUGCCCAUGAAGCCUAAUAAAACGCCUAUGUCAUGCAUGCUUGAAAUAAAUAUUAUAUAGAAGACAUUAACGUCAUUAAGAUAUUUUUUUUAUUAUUCAGAUAUUUCUUCCACUUCCACAACUACGAAAGGUAAGUGUGAGUUAUUUAGUGUCAUUAUAAGUAGUAGAUCCACAGUGAUUACGAGUUAGAAAAACAAAUAACUUAUUAAUCAAUGGUCUAGCUUAUGUCGCAUCCCGGACGUAUUCGUUAUAGCAGUCCUGUGUUAGAAACCUUCGCAUGAAGCUUUGCAGUUUGCACCGUGCUGGAGGACUAACGUUUGACCCAUACUUGCAGAAAAUAGUUUUCAUGGAAGAUUGUCAAUAAAGCCUAAUAAAACGCCUAUGUCAUGUAUGCUUGAAAUAAAUAUUAUAUAGAAGACAUUAAGAUAUUUUUUUUAUUCUUCAGAUAUUCCUUCCACGUUGACAACUAGAAAUGAAAGUAGACCAGCUGCAUCAUCAUCGAAAGGUAAGGAUGAGUUAUUCAGUGUCACUAUAUACAAGUAGUAGAUACACAGUGAUUACGAGUUUGAAAAACAAAUAACUUAUUAAUCAAUGGUCUAGCUUACGUCGCAUCCCGGAGGUAUUCGUUAUAGCAGUCCUGAGUUAGAAACCUUCCCAUGAAGCUUUACAUCGUGUUUGAGGACUACAGCUUGGCUCAUAAUCACGCAAAAUAGUUUUCUUGGAAGACUGUCCAUAAAGCCUAAUAAAAUGCCUAUGUUAUGCAUGCUUGAAAUAAACAUUAUAUAGAAGAGAUUAAUUAAGAUAUUUUUUAUUUUACAGAUAUUUCCUCCAUUUCGGCAACUGGAGAUAAAAGUAGACCAGCUGGAUCAUCAUCGAAAGGUAUGUUGAAUUAUUCAGUGUCACCAUAAGCAAUAGGCGCUGCACGGUGGUUACGAGUUAGAAAAACAAUACUUUAUUAAACACACUAAAUAAUUUGUGUUUUGUCGCAUCAGAGGGUAUUUAUAGCAGUACUGAAUUAGUAUCCUUCUCAUGUAGCAUUGUGUUAUGCUCAAGGAAUACUUUUGGGUCAAUAGUAAUUCAUGAUAUGUUGUUAACGCAAAAUAGUUUUAAGGGAAGAUUGUCAUGAAAUCUGAUGAGCAGAGUCUGUUGUAAACAUGUCAAACAUUUAAUGUCCAUGCGAAGUAUUCAACUUUAAACCAGGCGUAAUUUUAUAUAUGAUUUUGAAAUCACGAACACAAUGUUACCGAGUUGCUAAACGAUCUAGUAAAUUUUUCCUAAGAAAUUGAAUGAAAUGAAACCAUAUAAUUUUAUUAUUUUUACCGAAUUUCAGUGCUAUCUUGAUUAGGUCUUCAAACGGCUACUGCACGCAGACGCAAUUUUUCCCAUCAAAGUCUAACUAUAAUAAAAAAUUAAUAUUCAACAUCAGUUUUACUAUUUGAUUAACGGCUUUGCGGUUUUACAAAGAUAAAUUAACUAUUUCUAAUUCUAGUACAAUUGUUGAGAGAAAAGGAACUGGUCGGCUUAGGAAAAGUCAUGGAAGACAUCAAGAUCGUCCAUGGCCGUGAACUCAAAGAAGGGUGGAUAGCUAUAUGUACAGAAAAGAUUUUCAAAAACAACCUUAGCUGCUGGAAAGAGUUUCCAACACAUUCUGGAGAAAUUGAAGAGGGAAGCUUCAGUGCUUGGCCUAAGGAAGAAAUAAGAGGUAACAUAAGCUAAAAAAUUAUUGCAUAUACUAUAUAGUUUGCCUUCAUGCACAUAAUAUAUUAAUCUUACAUUACUGAUACAAAUAAUUAAAUAGCUACAAACAUUUAAUUGUUUUUACGUUUUAGGUUAA